AUGGCAUUAUUCAGGUUUCUCAUGGUUAAUUUGAACCGAACGCCAUUGCAAGUUUUCAGGACAGUAAAUCGCUAUUAUUCUAGAAAAUAUACCUUAUGGCAUUCUGUUGUACCUUGCUUUACAAAAGUGAAAUCCGUUUAUCUUCACCCAUGCCGUUUUGUCGGUUAUUCUUCUCUUGCAAUUGGAUGCGUUGCAUUUUGCGCGGGUAAUCUUUCGAAUGAUAACGAGGGACUGUUAAAUUCCAUAAAGACAUUUGACACCUCAGGAACUGAAACAGCAAUAAAAUCUGGUGUGGAUGUUAACCAAAGACACGUUCUUGGGUGGACACCUCUUCAGUUAGCUGUUAUUAACCGAAAUUCAGCUGCAGUUUCGAUGCUUCUGAAGGCUGGUGCCGAUGUACAGCUGGGAGAUGAAUAUAGUAACUCUUUGAAGAUUGCCCGAGAAAAAAGAAUGAAUUCCCUCCAAGUUCUUUUAACGAGAGAAGAAGAAUUUAGUGAUCGACUUAGCAACCGUGCGAAUUUCAAAGGUUGUACAGCACUUCAUUAUGCUGUGCUUAUUGAUGAUUUAAAUUUUGUGACACAAUUAUUAAAUGCUGGGGCUAAUCCUUCAGCUGAAAAUGAACUGGGUCACAAACCAUAUGAUUACGCUCGAACACAGAAUAUGAAACAAAAUUUAAUUGAGAGUGAGAAAAAAUUCAAAGAAAUGCAAGCAAAGAAAGAGCUGGAAGAUAGACGCAAAUAUCCUCUUGAACAAAGACUUAAAGAACACAUCAUUGGACAAGAAGGCGCUAUCAAUAAUGUUGCUGCUGCUAUUCGGAGAAAAGAGAAUGGGUGGUAUGACGAAGACCAUCCACUGGUGUUUCUUUUUCUUGGUUCAUCUGGUAUAGGUAAGACGGAACUUGCUAAACAAGUGGCAAAAUACCUCCAUAAGGAUGUUAAAAAAGGUUUUGUCCGCAUUGAUAUGUCCGAGUAUCAAGAAAAACAUGAAGUAGCAAAAUUUAUAGGUUCACCUCCUGGUUAUGUUGGUCAUGAAGAAGGUGGUCAAUUGACCAAGAAAUUGACAGAAUAUCCGAAUGCUGUGGUUUUGUUUGAUGAAGUGGACAAAGCUCAUCCAGAUAUACUUACCAUUAUGUUACAAUUAUUUGACGAAGGUCGAUUGACUGACGGCAAAGGCAAAACAAUUGAAUGCAAAGAUGCUUUGUUCAUCAUGACAUCUAAUUUAGCUAAUGAUGAAAUAGCAAACCAUGCCAUUCAGUUACGCGAAGAAGCUGCAGAAGUAUCAAAACUGAAGCAUUCGGACUCUUUAGAAGAUAUAAAAGUAUCAGAUGUUGUUAUUUCAAAAAAAUUCAAAAUUCACGUUGUACAACCAAUUCUCAAACAUCAUUUUAGAAGAGAUGAAUUUUUAGGUAGGAUAAAUGAAAUUGUCUACUUUUUGCCAUUUUCUCCUGCAGAACUCAGCAAACUAGUUGUUAAAGAACUGAAAUUUUGGGCUGAUCGUGCAAGAUCAAAGCAUUCUAUUGAGCUUACAUGGGAUCAUUUAGUGGUUGAUGUAUUGGCUAGUGGCUACAACGUUAACUAUGGAGCUAGAUCUAUCAAGCAUGAAGUUGAAAGACUUGUUGUAUCUCAGCUAGCCCUAGCACAUGAACGGGAGCUCAUCAAGAAAGGUUGUUCAAUUAAACUGUGUGUUUCUAAUGUUGAUGAUUUACUUAAAACAGAAGAUGGAAAAGAGAAAACUUCAACUGAAAAAACAAUAAAAAUACAAAUUUUGGAUAAGGGAAAGUCAAAUAAGUAUAUAGACUUAAAGUUUGGCAAUGAAAACAAUCCAUUUAAUUUAUUACCUGGAGAUAAUUGAAGCGCUUGUAUGUUUUCCUAGCAUCUUAGAAUUAAUUGUAUACUUUGUUUGCAUUCAUAUCAAGAACAGAAAUAAUUAACAAUAUUUUUUGAAGCUGAUAAAUGUAAUAAACACAAUAUUUGCUGCAAAA